CCUAAGUAGCUAACGAUACUUUAGAGGAAGUUGUUUGACCACGCCUGUUCUAUUAUUAUCUGACAGUGGGCGCAUUUUUGACAUUUUUGGUACAUGUUGUGAAUUGUUCACGUGUGUCCGUAGUUUUAUCUGUUUCCAUUUUGUAGGAUGAAGCCGAUAAUUGAUUCUGAAUCGGUAAAGUUGAACAAAAAAAGCAGCCCUCAGAAUAUCAAGCAAAAACUUUUCAGACAAGAUGGUACGAACAAAAGUGACAUAAAAGUAUAUAUGCGUAUGCAUUCAAAGAAGAAACGGCAAAAGUACAUUAAAUCUACAGUCGAGGAUAAAACGACUGAAUCUGAACAAAAUACUCUUUUGACAUCUGGUCUCAAGGUGGACAGUCAGUCAGAGGAAUCUGAUCGCUUAAGAUCAAAGAAGAAAACUCGGAGGGAGAAAAAUAAAAAUGUAACAAAGCGUUUGCCCGAACAUCCUGAUUCUAUUAUGAGCAGUAAAGACCAUUGUAGCGUAAGCAGUCAGAAUUGUCUAUCUCUACUCAUCACCAACCUACCCAAACAUAUAAAUUAUUCAAUGCUCAAAGAUGCCAUACCAUCGGCUGCACGCGUGCAUCUGUUCAGGAAAUCUGGAAAGCGUUUAGCGUUUGCCAAUUUCUAUACCAUGGAUGACUAUUCAAAUGCCAUUAGUCGUUUGGAGGGACUUGAGUUUGACGGGGUCAAGCCAUUGUUUAGGCAAGUUACACGCCAUGAAAAAACUGAAAAGAAGAAACCUGAGAGUGGUGAAUUGAGGCUGACUAUUCAUAAUUUACCAUACUCUAUUACUAUAACUGAGUUAGAAGAUGAAUUUCCUACAGCCAAAUCAAUCAUAAUAAAUACGAAGAAAACUGGAGUUAAUAAAGGAUCCUGUUUACUUGAGUUUGAAUGUCAUGAUGAUCUUCAAGUUGUUCUGGAUGCUUGUCAGAAUAAAGUGAUCGGUGGUCGCCGUGUAUCUGCCUUGCCCGGUCUUCAUUUUGAAAUUAAAUCCGAAAACACUAAAGCAAAUACUAAAGAAGCCACUACAUUUGGCAUAAAAAUAUGCAAAAUGUCUACAUCAAUAGAAGAUGAUCGACUUCGACAGCAGUUUCCAUUGGGAUCCAUAAUUGAAUAUUGUUCAGUGCCUACUAGUAAUCCAUCAUGCAGAAAUGUAUUUCUCACUCUCAGGAACAAUAUAUCUAAUCAAUUAAUUGUUAAAAAACUUCGUAGAAAAGGUAUCGACCAACAUCGCCUGCACAUACAAUCAUGGUACAAAAAGGACUUCAAAUCUCAAAAAAUUGAGCUAAAGCCACCAUCUGACGGUAACAAAAACAAAAUUGAUGAACCGAAAUUAAAGGCGAGUGGUUCAGCUGAAAAUGGUGAAAUGACAUUUUCAGAAUCAGAUAAAAAGAAUAAAUCAAAAAAACAGAAACUUGAAAAAAUGGAUGUCUCUUUGGAGAAUACUAAACUUGUGGCUUCAGACUCAGGUGAAUACUGCUUAUUUGCAUUCUCUUUUGUAAACUUUAAGAAUCGUAACGACCAACUAUCUACUCAUCUUAUUUCACUAGAGAAAAUUUACAUUUAGUAGUAAAACAAUGCAAGGGAUUGCUACAACAAAUAGACAACUUACGUAACAGUUAGAAAUAUUGACGUAAAAUUUUGCAUUGAAGUACAUCCACUCAACUUAUCAUGCACCGAAAUCGAAUGAAUAUUAAACAAACCAAAGAGAACUGAAACAGGUGAUUCAAGAAAACAAUAUAAGUGCUACAAAUUUCAAGGGUCAAAUAGAGUAGUGAAUAAAUUUGUGUUAUUGUAAUCAACUCAUGUAUCAAACCAUUGAUUUUUUUUCAUGAUAUGCAAUCUGGAAAUAAAACCUCCCAAAUGAUUCAAAUUUACGAAAUCUUUGAUUCCAACUUUUACUGUGACCACCCCAUAGUAUCCAGUAAAUUGGCUUCGCGCAUGUGGUGCACGAUCCUAUCACUUCACUUGACAUGGACCAACAAAUUUAUCAUUUAACCUGUCAUUCCUACUCAGACUGGUCCUAAUGAUUUACUUGAAAAGUAGAAUACUGUAUUGAUUUAUAUCGAGUUGAUCACUGAAAAUAAUUUUACUUCUUUUUCAUCUAUCUAGCCAAUAAAAAGCACAAAUUGAAAAAACGGAAAUAUGAGUGCGUAGACGUAAAUAUGAUCGAUUCGCAUUCGUCGAACACUCCACAGUCUCAUAAGAAAAAGGAGUUCAAAACCAAAGAAAGGAGUCACAUCGGUGACAAUCCAAAACACAUAGUAUUCGAUCAAGGUAGGUGGUACACAUAGUUUACUUAAUGUGUUAAAUUACCUGCAUGCAAAAUUGAAUUUGAGUUUUAUGUGUAUCAAUAUGUGCGCUUAAAAGAUAAUCAUUUUUGUUCUGUAAAUGAACUGUUAUCACAUUGUCUCGAACAGUAUUUCGUGUAAAAUUAGAAUUUUUUGUGUUGAUAAUGAUAAUAUUACUGAGGAAUAUGCUGAUAUAAACUUGAUUAAGAAGCUGUGAGAACUACUGUACGGAAACUAGUUUUACUUAUCAUUUGACAAUAUGAAUGAGACUUUACAACGAGCUUCUAAAGUUCCAUCAAGCUAGUAAAAAUGAUAUAUCAAAGGUAAAUCAAGCAAAUAUAGGAUACCCUUUAUAGAUUACUUUCAUAACGUAUAGGUUUCUUACUUUGAGACUAUUCUUCAGUUAGUCAGUGUACAUUAUGGUCGUAGUUCAUUCAUACUGGUCCUAUUAGUUGUCUACUAUAGCUCAUUCAUCGCAGUAAAUUAAAUAGCAUUAAUUCAACUACAGUUAUAUCUAUUGUUUUUUGAAAUAAUGUGUUUACUAUUUAGUUGAACACUAGCCACAAUAAAAGGAAAAAAGACCCACUUUUCUUCAUUAGAUUUUGGUACAUAAGCACUCUUUAUUACACUUUACUCUAGCGAGAUUGUUCUACUUAAAUUUAGAAUCCGAUUGGACCGAUCAAAAGUUGUUAAAGUAGUAAUUUGAAAAAUGAUUUCCUGGAAAAUAUAUAUUCCAUUUACAAAGCUUCUAUACUUAAGCGAUUGCGAUUGCGUAAUGCCUUGUAUUCAGCCGACAUUUUACGUAGUUAUAUCGAAUUCGGUCUGUCAGUGGUAGACACUUUUCAUUUUUGUACUUUACUGGACAGUACCCUCGGAAUGAUCUACUAUCAGCUUAGUGAAUAGUGUUCACUUUAGUUAAAAGUGAUUAAAAUUCUUUCUACACAUUUCAAACUAUUUCGUAUAUCGAUGUUAGCGCUUACUCUCGUUACAUUUUUUGUUACAAUCAGUGAUUAUACUGACCAUAUGAAAAGCAAAAUUUAUUGAUACCGACUUCUCCAGACCAUAAAAACAUGAGUUACUUAGCCGCAUAGUUGCAAUUAUCGUUAAAACGAAUUGUUUCAAUGAUAAACAGCAUGAAACCUGACACAAUUUUCCGUCGGACCCAUUUGGUACACACAACAUCUGAACAGUGAAAGAGAGAAGAAGAACAAGUUAAGCUUGGAAGAAUCGUGUUGAUGAUAGGAAUUGAGUUUAUGAAAGAACGAAUGACAAUGCGGAUAGAAAAGCUAAAGAAUGUACACAUCUACACUAAUUCAACCUAUUUCGAGCCACGAAUUAAUUGCAGUUUUUUUGUUUCCUUCUGAGCAAUUUUAGGUAUGUUUGUGUGUAAAUUUAAAUUCUUGGGGAAAGUCUAUAUUGUUUCGCGAAUUCAAUUUUUGAAUCAAUGAAUCUUGCAUUCUUGACAACUGAUGUUCAAGAGAAAUUCAGUAUUCUUCAUACAUGCACACACCUACAAGGUAUUGAAGUUAACCUUAAAAAACAUCGACUUAGUUUCGAGAAACCUAAAAGCAUAUUUCAACAAGCGAUCCCCUAAGGACUAGUUGCUCCAAUGAUGAAAAUUUUCCGUUCUUAUGCCCCCCCCUAAUGCUACUUUUACGGUCCAUGACGCACGAUAGUAAUCUUACAAAUCACCAAUGAUUUUAAUACUGGUAAUUACUUCGAUUUCAGGUAUAUCUAAGCUAUUAUUUGGUAGAUUGUGUUUAAAUUAUAAUUGUUUUCACGUUUUCUGAUCUUUCUAGAUGGCUAAUAUAUUUGUCAUUGCAAAGAAAAUAGAUAUGUCUAUGAUGUUUUUAAAAAUAUUCAUUCCUCGGAGUACCCUCUCAUUGGUAAAUUUGUAGAAAUGAUUUAAAUAUUAAAGUUAUCUUUUCGCAGUUAAUAAAGAUUUUUUGAUUACUUCGUGCUAAUGCUAUUGUAGUUUAUAAAUGAUCAAAGUCAGUUUACCAGUCGUCCAGGGCACUGGUAUUCAGUCAGACACUGAAGCUGAUAAUUUAAUGUUGAUCGUUAAUAUCCGCUAAAUAAGAAACACCUCAGUCUUAAUCCACUUUUAUAUCGUAAUUUCAUUUAUUAUCGUGUACGUUCACAGCCUGAAUAGACUGAUCUCAACAAUUCUUGCGUCUUCUUGCAAAGCAACUCGGUUCUCCGUGUUGUUAGAUGCGUAAAGGUUUGAAUGUGGUUGCAGAGAAGAGUGCUAUGGCGUUACUUGAGGAGAUAGCUCUAUGUUAUUAAAGUACUAUUGGAGAAGUGUAUAUAUGGUACUAAUUAUUGACUAUUACUCAUAAUCUCUGUUAAAUCAAAUAGGUUAUGUCGUUUCCAAGGUCUUUAUAAAAUUGACUGGGGCACCUAUUUUAUGUGAGAAUUGUGGGGUUGGCUAUAAAAGUAUUAUUUUACUAAUAAAAGAAAUUGCAACAAUAAGACGGAUGUACCCAUUUUCAAUAAGUGACUCAUCUUUAAUCAUCUCUAUUUCAAGUGAUAAUAAUGUCGCAUAGAAAAUAAGUAAACGUCUUAACAUUGUAUUGACUAUAACCUAGCUUUCAAUAGCCAAAUCGACAUAUAUACUCUUUUUGCCACGGGUUGAAUAGCCGAACCUCAAAUAAAAUUAUUCCUUUCAACAAUUAUUAUCGGUUUGACACGUAAGUCUUUUAGGUUUGCAGCAGACGGUCACUAUUAUCUGUUCGCUGAGCAAGAAUACCAAAAUACCCACUGAAAUAUCCAUCUGUUGGAUAUAAUCUACCUAGCUGGACAUUAAAUUCACCUUCUAUGAGCACUAUGUCGUAGUGUUUAGCUUUUUGAAUAAAUCCAGAAAGCUUUCUGUGAAAGUCAUCCUUCACUUCAUCCAGGUUGCAGCCAGAGGAAGCAUAGGAAGAAAUGACGAGAAGUUAACUAUGUGUGUCCCUAUCCUUCCGAUUUCUUAUGGAGCCGUUUAGCCGAACAGUACAUAGACGACUGUUAACGGGGAUCUACUGUAUUAGUGCUUGUUCUGCCCUCGUACUUAGUGCUAUGCCUACACCUGCCAAAUCACGAGAACUAGCCAUCGGGUCGCCAGAUACGCGGAGGGUGUAUCUCAUCGGAUCCUCGUUUUGCGAGGUGAGGUCAAGUAAAUGACCACACUAGGAUCCUGUGUUCGUGUUCCCUCGCGAAGAUUGUUAGGUGUUUUCCUGGACAUUUCUUCAGGAUAGACUAUAUUAUCUGAUAGAACAGGUCUUCAUAAUCUUUACUGACAUCAUUGAUGGGUGUGUAUCGAUGGGCAAUAUUCAUUACAAUGUUUUCUUUUUUUGCUUUGGAGUAUGUUUCGAUAAUUCUGUCGCCUUAGGUCUCCCAUCUUAUAGGCGGUUUUCGUGUUUUUCUGGACAGCAUCAGUGCAACUCGUGUAUGUGUUGCGCUUUCUUCCUUAUGACGAGAAUACAACAGUUCUACUGAAAUGAAAUGAUUUCUGUCCAGAUUGUGUACAUGUAGUUUUACUUAUUUCACGCAGAUCUGGCUUGUGUAUUGUCAUUUCUGUGACUUUAGAUGAUCCGGUUUUUCGCGCAAUCUGGACAUCCCACACCAUUUAUUUGUGCUUCUCUGAUCGACGGAAGUGGCGUUGCACUUGUGUCUGGUUGUUCAGCAAAGAUGUACUACUAUAAUCUGAUUAUGACGAGUUUAUUGAUCAAGUAUCAAAUAAAUUCUCCACUUCAUUUAAAAAAUAUCCCCGUAUGAAAAGUACGAAUGGCAAAUCAGAUCUUCCUACAGAGUUUACUGUUUUUACUUUGAACCAAAGUUCUUUAUGGUCAUCACGUUAAUGUGAAACAAUACUUAAUUAUUUGAAGAUAUGCUGUACUAUCAAUUGUGUCUCACGAAAAUGUAAAAUUCAUUUUGUCGGGUGUUUGAGUUACGACCUUUAGGCUAGGUUAUUUUUUUAAGGAAUGCCUAACUGUAUGGUAACGCGUCUACAUAUACGAAGACGAAAAACAUGAAUAAGGAAACAGUAUGAGAUGCCUUUGGAAUCACAGUGUGGAAAAGUUUACAAUUCUGAUAUUCAAUGGCAAGAUGUUAAAAGAACUCAGCGACCACUAGUUAAAUCACUGCGUUUAAACAGAUAUUUCGUUUAAAAAUCCCCAUAUUAAAAUACUAAUAUAUGAACGAUGAUCAUUCUUUCCAGUAAAUCCUCUUUGGGUUCUGCUGUAAUUUUUAUUUGUUUUACGAACAAUCUUAAAUUCACAUGUUAUGGUUUUAUAUGAUGUACUUCUCUUAAACGUAGUCACUCUUUGGAUUAUUAAUUUGAAUGUGGAACUGAAAGAAAAUUUAUUGGAAAAUAAUACUCCGUUCAUAUAUUAGUGCUUUACUUAUCCCUUUUUUCGUCUCACUUUAAACAGUUGGCCUUCACUACAUAAAGCUUAAACUACGAUUUAGUUUAAGAAAUUAUGAAGUUGAAUAACCUCACUAGAAAAAGUGGUUUCAGAUUAUACGCUAAUUUCUUAUGAUGAUAUUUUUAUUUUUACGAAAUCUGGUGUGUAUAACUUGACCGAUUCAAGGACUAUUCUGCAAUGUUUUAAAGUAGCAUCAUAAGUUGUAUCCUGUUAGUGCUACAUUUAGAUUGUCUACAUGAUUCUCUCUGGUAUAAAAUUUUACCGUUUCAAAACCCCUUGAAAAAACUUCCCGUCUAUAGAGAUAAUAUGUGCAAACAUUCUCGUUGUGAUACAAUAGUAAACAGGACUUUGUUAACUUGAGUUACUUUUUUCAUCUUUUGUCGCAAAUUAUUUCGGAAAGAAAGCACAUCAAAUCACUAAUCGAUCUACAGAUUACGUGUAUUCAAUAAUCAAUGACCACUUAUUUUGUGCCACAAUUGCUUCGUACAUCAAUACGCAAACAAUUGAAAGAGGGUAUUACCAAGUAGUUUUAUUUCCAUAUAGUUUUAUGUUUUGUUUUAACUUAUAUUCAUUGAGGAAUUUGUAUUCCUAGCAAUUCUUACGCUUGUGUUGCAAUGCGAUUUUGAAGCGUUUAUAUAUAUUCCUGACAUUUAUUGUGUUUAUCAUUGUAAUUAAUUUAUCUCAAUCAUUGUUGCAAUUCUUCACAACUUCGUGUAUUUAGUCAUCCAUUGUUUAAACACAACGGUUCCCAUAUUGCUUGUUCUUGGUUCGUUGUUUUGCGUGUUCAUAAACUGUUACAAAGUAUUGACAGCUGGCUUUUGCACUAUCGUAUGUUGUAAUUUUUCUUUAUGUUACUAUCACAGGAAUCCUUUUUUAUCUCAGAUAAUAAUACGCCGCAGACACCUCUCACGUUGAGGCUUGUAACUAACUUUUGUAUUUUAUUCAAUAAAGAACCGGUUUUGUACAAA